CAAAGUACUCGUCAUGAUUCCUUGCUUUGCGAGAAGGGCAUGUCGCUUUACUCGGUUGCUUUCGACAGCAACUGGAAAUGCUGCCUGGAGUGAAGAAGCGAUUCAACCUUUUUCAAAGUUUGUUGGAAAGUCAAUUCGAAAGGGAGAGAGUAUUGACCUAUCGCAGCAGCAAUUAGAAGAUUUGAUAUCGACAGAAGAUGAGAAAUUAGCGCAAGCAUAUAUUUUGCAUGCGAACUCGGUCACUGAAGUUCACUUCUCUAACGAAAUCUCUCUCCAUGGGUUUAUGGAUUUGCAUAAUAUGUGUGAACGGAACUGUCAGCAUUGCUGGAUGCGUCGUGCAAAUAAGGAUGUCAAGCGCUUUAUGUGCUUUCCUACCCACGUCUAUGACAAUAUGGAGUGGCUGUACAACAACGGAAUCGGGACCAUUGUGAUUUGCAGUGGAGAGUUCAACAACGAAGGCCGUACCGAGUUCAUCGAGAACAUUAUCCACAACACCAUCGAUAAGAGCAAAGAAAUCGAUAAGGGGCUUCGAGAAAAGAAGGGCGACUUCUCCGGAGGGGCAGCCAUCCAAAUCGGUCUGCAGAUGGGGGAAAUUCCUUUAAACACUGGAAAGCGGUACUUCAAAAACGGAGCCAAUCUGUUUUACCUGCGAAUGGAAGCGAUGGACCGCCUCCUCUACAAGGAUGUGUUCAUUCGAGAGAGAGGAUACGACGAGCGAUGCGAGUAG